GAAAACGGGCGGGGAGCCCCGAGGAUGGGGAUUGUGCCCGGAGGGAAGGGGCUGAGCCCCCGGGGGCUCCUCUGCCCCCCCCCCUCAGCCUCCCCUGCAGCCCCGGAGCCCUGCGGUGGGCUGCACGGCGGAGCGGGGGCACCUCGUACCAUGGGCAGCAGCAGCCUGGGAUGGGGGCUUGGAGAUCCACGGGAUGUCCCGAGUGGGAAGGGACCCUCAGGGGGUCACUGGGUCCAGCUCCUGUGCCUACAGGGCCACCCCCAAAUCAGACCCCAUGUCCGAAAGCAUUGUCCGAGUGCUUCUUGAACCCUGCAGGCUCGGGGUCCCUGGGGUGCCCGUCCCCCAUGCCCGGCCACCCCUGGGUGCAGAACCUUUCCCUGAGCAGGGCGAGCCAGCGGGUUUGGGACUGCUCCACGCCACCUUUGAGGCAAUUAACGGUAAUUAAGCACUUGGACAUCAGCUGAGGCUUCACCGCAGGGCUGAGCCGGGGAGGAAGGUGGGGAGCAGCAAGGGGACAAAAGCCACCCCUGCACCAUGCCCACAGCCUGGGCACGCUCGGGAAGGGCUGAGCCCAUCGCAGCCCCCACGAGGGGAGCAGAGACAGCCCGUAAUGCUGAGAACCCCAUACUCAUCUCACGGCUGAGCACACCCAAAUUUUGGGGCUUUGGUGAGCAGGAGCACUCUGCCCCAUGCAGAAACUCUGAGCCUGGGGGCUGGGGAUGCUGCGGGCAGGAUGCAGGCAGGAGCCAUGUCCCCCACGCUCCCCCCCUGGCCCCUUUCUCCCCUCCCAACCAAAGCGGGGACCCUGCAGAACAUCAGCACCCAGCACUGCCCCCGAGCCCCCCUGCCCUGCCUGGCACAGCCACGUGUGGCCGUGACACGGGGCAGAGGCGCCAGCCUUGACACGGUGUCCGAGCCAGGGCCAAACCCAAACAGGUGCCCAGCCCCACUGGGAACGCGGCACCUUAUCAGGCCUUGGCAGUGCCGAGCGCCUGCCGGGGAGGCUGUUGUGUCUGCGGGGCCGGAGGGAGCAGGCAGAGCGCCGGCGGGGAACGGGGACGUGCUCUGGCUGGGCACGGGUCCCCCACGUCCCCCAGCCCAGCACCAUCCUGCGAGAUGGAGAGGGGGUGCUGGGGCACCCCACUGCCACGCUGCCCCCACCCCAAGGUGCUCAGCGCAGCCCCGUUCGCCUGUGGGUGAUGGGGAGCCCCUGUGCUGCCAGGUCUGGGGCUCUUUGGGUUCCCAAAUUCUGUUUUUUUGGGGUUCCUGGGGCUAGGGGGGGGCCGGCUGGGUGCUGCCUCCCUGCGACACCCCAACAGUCCCUAAGCCACCCCAGCCCUGCAGAGGGGCUGCAGGUCCCAGCAGUGCCGGGGCAGACGGGGAUCUGGGAGUCCGGGGGCUGCAGCCCCCAGCCCAGGGUGGAGCAGGGGGGCUGGGGACCACACGUACCCACAUUGGGGUGCUGCAGCCACCCACGCUGCCAGCCCCCGAUGCUUCCCUCGUGCUCUUGCAGCCCCCUCCCCACAGCUCAGCACAUCUCAGAGCCAGGCACCCAUGGCCAGGCAGACCCCAUGGAGCACCCAGACCCCUGGAGCACCCAGACCCCAUGGAGCACCCAGACCCCAUGGAGCACCCCGACCCCAUAGAGCACCCAUCUGCUCCUUGCCACUUUCGGUGCCCCCUGCUCCCAGCCAGCCCCUUCCCGCACUCGUAGUCCUUUUUACUCCCCAUUUCCAGGCAGCAUCUCCUCCCCCAGCUCCCUCUUCAGCAGCUCCCUCCACCAGCCCAGCCCUGACUCCCCCUUCCUUAGGGUUCCUCCGCCGGCCCCCCCACCCUGUCCCUGGCCGGGGCACGCCAUGGCUCAGCUCUGAGCGCUCAGCCCCGUGCCGAAUGCGACCCGUGGGGUGCGGGUGCUGGGGCGGGCAAGGGGGCGUGUCGGGGGCCGCCGUGAUAACAGCGGGGGCCACGUCAGGGCCACGGGAGCAGACGGCGUGGGCGAACGGCAUGAGCCAGGCCCCCCCGUCCUUGGCACCCUGAGGCAGCAGCAUGGGGUCCGGGGACCCCCGGAGUCUCCUCCGCACCUUCUGUAUCCUUUGGGUGCUGGCCGGGCACCUGCCCCCCAGUACAGCCCAGUGGUUUUACCCCCUGGGCUCUGAGGACACCACCCCGGAGCCAGGCAGCAGCCCCGCGACCCCCACGCUGCCCACCCUGGAUGGGGAGGAAGAUGGAGAGGUUGGCGAGGUGGAGCCCACCAGGAAGGUGCUGCUGAGCAAACCCCCGCUGCCCGCGGGCUCCAGGAGACGGGAGCCCCCCUCCAGGGGUGCAGCCAAGGGUCCGGGCCAUGCCCCAUCGCGUGCACGAACCCAGCACAACCGCCCCACGGCCACCCCACAGAUCUUCGAGGGGAGCGCGGAGGAAGAGGAGUUCCUGCAGAUUAAGAGCACAGCGAAGGGGCUGCCCCCGCAGGUGCCCCCGGCUGCCAAAAUGGACAGGGCUCUCCAGAUUCACAACAGCUCCAGCUGCGUCUGCCCCGUGCGCCCCGGCCCCCCUGGCCCCCCCGGCCCUCCUGGCCUGAAGGGAGAAAAAGGAGACCGGGGGUCCCCAGGAGACAGAGGCCAGCCGGGGCUUUCUGGGGAGAGAGGGAAGACGGGCAACCCCGGGCAGCCAGGUCACCAGGGACCCCGGGGCCCCCCUGGUCCUCCGGGACCACCGGGGCCACCGGGACCACCAGGUGCUUGGGGAGCCAGGAGCCCCCCUGCCUCCGCUGCCCUCCCCAAGGGAUCAGAGAACGAGCUGGGAGCAUCCAGCCCUGCAGGGAACCCAGGACCCCCAGGCCCCCCAGGGCCACCCGGCCCCCCUGGCCCCCCCGGCUACCCAGGCCAUGAAGGCUCCCAAGGGCUCCCCGGGCGGGAGGGGCAGCCGGGCCCCCCCGGCCCUCCGGGGGCUGUGGGACCACCGGGAUUUCCAGGGACCGAAGGAGCUCCGGGGUCCCCAGGCUCAGCUGGAUCCGAUGGACCCCCGGGGGCACCGGGACUCCCAGGCCCACAAGGCCCCCCCGGGGUCCCCGGGCACGAGGGACCCCCCGGCUCCCCAGGACCCGCGGCGCUCCCUGGCAAACCAGGGCUCCGAGGGGAGCCAGGAUUCCCCGGAUUAAAGGGCGAGAAGGGCGAGCACGGGUUGCCGGGCAUGCCGGGGAGCCCCGGCCGGCCUGGAGACGUGGGCUCCCCGGGAAUGCCCGGUCCCAUGGGACCACCGGGACCACCGGGGGACUACAGGUGUGAAUCGCGGCACGCAGGGCACCACGGAGCCGCCGGGCCACCGGGACCCAAGGGUGAAAAGGGCGACCCAGGAGAGCAGGGGUGCUGCUACGGGGAACACGGGUGCAAACCGGGCCACCUCCCCUUCCCCGGCACCGGCAGCCAGUCCAGCUCCUGGGUGCCCAUCAGCGGGUACCAAACGCCCAGCAAAGAGGAGACGGAGGUUUACGGAGCGAUCAUUCCCCACGGUCCUCGAGGUCCCCCUGGGAUCCCCGGUCCCCCUGGCCCCCCCGGCCCCCCAGGAGCCCCAGGUCUCCUCUACCUCAACAGGGUGUACCCCAUCCGCGCCCAGCCGCCCUGCAAGGAGCCGGCAGCGGCUGACGCAGCCUGGGCAGCAGAUGCUGACGCCUCUCGGACGGAGCCACCGGAGCCCCGUGCUGACCUCCGGCGCCAGACGUGGGUCUUCAGGUCCAAGGAGCUGAUGCUGAAGUCGGGCAGCGCCGUCCCCGAGGGGAGCCUGGUCUACGUGCGAGAAGGGAGCAGCGCCUUCCUGCGCACCCCCAGGGGCUGGAGCAGGCUCCUGCUGGAGGACUCGGAGUCGCUCUUUGCCGGUGACGACCCCUCUGCCUCCACGCCGCGGUACCAGGAGGCAAAGCGGGUACAGACACGGGGUCCCAACACGGAGCCCCCCGCGGGAGCCCAGACGGACUCGCUGGUCCCGAAGGAGGAGGGAGCAGGGCCGCCCAGGAUCCUGCCCACAACCGUCGCCCCCAGGAUGCCUUCUCUCCGCUUGGUGGCCCUGAACGUGCCCCUCUCCGGGGACAUGAGCGGCAUCCGCGGCGCCGACCUGCAGUGCUACCGGCAGUCGCAGGAGGCUGGGCUUUUUGGCACUUUUCGGGCUUUCCUCUCGGCCCCCACACAGGACCUGGCCUCCAUCGUCAAGAGGACGGACAGGGCCCUCCCCGUGGUCAACCUGAAGGGCCAGCUGCUGGCCAGGUCCUGGAGCUCCCUUUUUGAGGGGACCCCACGGGGCCCCAUCUACAGCUUCAACGGCCGCAACUGUCCUGACCGAUGCCCUCUGGCCCCGAAAAGUGGCAUGGCACGGAUCCACGGCCCGGGGGAGCCAAGCCCGCAGGCGGGACUGCCAAGGAUGGAGAAGCUCCGGGCCCGGGGAGGGUUUGGCGGCCCCCCUGGGCGAGGGCAAGUUGGUGGCGGGGCUGAGGCACAACUGCUCCGAGGAGCUGGUGGUGCUGUGCGUGGAGGUGGCCUUCCCCUACCGCCACAUGUGGUGACGGGCACGCCAUGGGGACACUGCCCCGGGAGAGAACCGCAGUGUCGGGGCUGUGAGAGCACUGGGAAGAUGGCGCCGUCCCCGUCCCGGGCACUGGGAGCACUGGGAGGACGUCGCUGUCCCCGUCCCGGGUUGGGCUUGGUCCCCAGGCUGUGCCCGGCCACCUCCGUUACCUCGAGCAAUGCUAAUGCUGCGUCUUCCCCAGAAAUAAAGAUGUGGAAAAGUUGGUGUUUUGGACAACGCCCAGCUUCCCGUUACUGGGGACGGGGGGUUGUUACUGGGACAGCGACCCAUUCCAGCCACCGUCCCCCCAUGUCUCCCAGUUCCCCCCCAUCACCCCCCCCCAACAACGAGGACUGA